GAGUCCUCUUACGACGCGUCCGCUAAGUCAGCCGAACGAUCCCGGCGGGCCACCGGAAACGCCCGCCAGAAAUCCCCGGGGCUGCAGCCUCAGGGCAGGGAGCGAGGGCGGAGUGCCAGGGGCCGUGGGAGGAGCAGGAAGGCGGCCAGCCUUCACAUGGCCCUGCCUGGGGCGACAGGAGCGACCCGCGCUCUCGCUCUCCCCAGUCGCUGCAGCCUCGGGCGGAGCGAGGCGAGCGGCGGGCUCUUGGAAGCGUCUCCUCGCUCGGCGCGCGGGAUUCGUACCUGAUUCAGAGACGCGGGAGGCUCCUUUUUCGCGGCAGCGGCGCGGAGGACCCGGGAAGCUCGACGCCUUGACUUCGCAAAGCCGGCAGGGAUAGAGUCUAUUUUGAUCGAUCGUGGAUGUCAGUCGUGGAAGGAGCUGGCGGCCGCGAUGCAACUUUUCCCAGGUUUCCUGGUAGCUCUUGCUCUGCAUGUGGUGGGCGCGCAGAAGAAAGAGGUGAUUCUUCAGAACAGCACAACUGAUAGAGCAGUGGUAUCCUUUUUUGAUGUUUGGAAUCGCAGCUCCUGCCAGCCCUUGGAGAAACUGGUCAGUGUUGUAUCAGAAUAUCCACAUGAAGUGGAGCACGUGUUCAAACCGUCCUGUGUUUCUUUGCGUCGCUGCUGUGGAUGUUGUAGAGAUGAGGCACUGCAAUGUGUCCCAGUGGAAAUGGCCAAUGUCACUAUGGAGCUCAAGAAGAUCAACCCAGAGAAUCAGUUGCCCUUCGUAGAGUUGUCAUUUACUGAACACAGGAAAUGUGAAUGCAGGCCCCGACAAGAUGCCCUGAAGUCAGGGAGGAGGAGGAGACUCAAGGGACGCAGCAAGAAGAAGCGGGCAAAGCAGAGACCCAAAAAUUGAUCUCUAUGUGUGCCAUUUGAUGAUAGUUGUUGCUUUCUCAGCCAAGGGCAGUGCCACAAUGCCUCUUUUUCAAUGCUAGAUCCUCUUCAACAUUCCUCUGCAAUUACAAUUUUGACUGAUGAAUUCAGGGGUCUGGUAACAGCUUGCUCACUUGAAGUGCCAGAGCAAAAAGGGAGGAGUAAAGACAACAUCCCAAUGAAAAUAUGUCAGGACAUUCUGAAGGAGAGGGUUUUUUUUAAAUAUAUAAUUGCAUCAGAGGACUGCCCCAGGAUCAAGUGAAGACCUGUUUAUCUCAGUCCAUUCCUUGUCUACACUGAGCUAAUAUUUCACUCUGAUUUCUGCAGAAUUGAGAGUUAAAUGGAAAUACAAGAAAACAGCAGCUGGUUUAUGUUUUAAAUAUUUGGAGUUUGGAGAACUGAAACUAUUAAGACAAAUUGACUACUUCCUCCUGGAUAUUUUCUGGAUAUUAUCUUUCAGUUGGGAACUGAGAAAUGAAAGGGAAGAAAAGUUUGAGCUACACUUUGCCAAUCCUUGUUUAAGUCUUGUUUUCCAACAGGAUUAAUACCUGGAGAAUACCUUCCUAUAAAAGAUGUCUAAAACAACAAAUUAACCUUGAUAAAUAAGAGCUAAAACUCCUUGUCAAAUAAUAUUGUAGAAGUCAGCAUUUUAGAAAUCAGAGCCCCAGGCAAGGAAAUAGGGAGAUCAGAGAACGUGGUUCCUGCUCAAGUUACUGCCAAUUUAGUGUACAUGUAGGCCUUUAUUCUCCUAGGAAAAUUAGUUCUGGAAUAUUCCCGCAAAAUACCCUAUUUUUUGGAGUAUAAGACGCUCCUAACUAUAAGGCGCACCUACCUUUUUUGGUGAGGAAAAUAAGAAAAAGAAAUCUGCCUCUGCCUCCCAGUAAUUUUGCCUCCUUGCAGCAAACAGCAAUCAGCCUGCUUUACUUUCAGAAUCAGUCCUAAAAGAAAAGUAAGUUCCAGUAAACUUUAAAAUGAUAGUUGAACUGAAUACAGAAAUAGCUCUUGUUUUAUCCUGAGAUAUAACUGCAUAUCCAAUAAAAAUAUCCUGUUUUCCCCAAAAUAAGACAUCUCCUGAUAAUAAGCCCAAUUGGGCUUUUGAGCGCAUGGCAAUAAGGCCAAAUGCUUAUUUCAGGGUUCAAAAAAUAAAUAAAUAAGACAGGGUCUUAUUUUCGGUACUAACCUUAAUAAAUAUGGUACUAACCUUAAUAAUUGCAAGAAAGUGUACAAGAUCAUUGCUAGAUUUUAAAUUGGGUUCUGUGGCCAAAUUAUGGAAAACAUUUUUAGAGACUGGCUAUCCAAAAAGCACAGAUAACAAAAAGAACAGAUAAAGACAGGUAUUAUGCCUAUCUUAUAUAAAUUUCCUGAGGUUUGAAUAAACCUGGAAGAGAAUUGUCACAUGUAUGUUAAGGAUGAUGGAAAUGGUGGGAAAUUGAGAUAUAAGUUUAUAAAAAGUAUAAUGGCAUACCUUUUUCAUGCAACUCUUGCAAUAAUUUGCUAUGAGAUAAUUUGCUAUGUGUGUGCCUGUCUGUGUAGUGUGAGUGAACUCAAACUGGAACAGGUGAAUGGGAAAUAGUAACUGUUGGUCAAGAAAGAACAAGCAAGCAUCAUUAUGUCUUCAUUAGUCCUGUAUCUACAGCUGUUACUGAUUCAUAUGAAAACAAGGUGGAAUUUUCCCAAGGCUCUACAUUUGUGAACUGUUACAUUCGACAACAUCCAUGAAAGGAAAGAGAACUAAAUAGACCAUUAAUUUAACACAAUGAAGUAUAUUGCUUCUUAUAUCAUAGUAACUUAAUGGCAAUAUAUUCUUGGUCCUGGAUUGAAAUAUUUUCUUUUGUGUAGUAAAAUAGCACAAGAUCCUGCUUUUUCAGUCAAUGCAGUGCAACAACAUUCCAAAUAAAUGAUUCUAAAUAAAAUCGCUUUAUAAUCAAAACCCAAAUGCAGAUUCUGAAAAUGU